AAGAUGGUGGUAUCAUCUGCAAUUUGAGACAUUUUAAGUACUUCAUCAAAGACAUUUGAAUCUGUGUUGUCAAACUAGAUGGUAUAAAUUUGGCCAACAAGUAAAAAAAAAAAACUAUAUGGAGAAGCUGGACAUCUUUGUUAAACCUACUAUAUAAAAGUUCAUCAGCACAGUUGUCUUCGUGUUUUAAAGGCUUUAAUGAAAAAAUGAUCAACGUCAAAGGAUAGGGUGUCAAUAAUGUAUUUAUGACUGUGUGGAAAGCUUUCUGAAAGGAGUACAUGAUCAUUUCUUUUAGUCUAGUAAACCUGCAGGAGGAAAAAAAAGCUUACUCCCCCCCGGUGUUUGAUUGCGCCCGUAAAACCGCCACUGCGUCUAUAUGACCGCCUUCUUCCCCUCCCUCUCGGACAGAGCUCCUCCAAUCUCCUGGCGUGUUUAUCCUGCAGUUGGUAUAAACCGGAGCGGCUCAGGAGUCCUGACUUCAUCCCCGUGACCCCCCAGACCCUCUUUGAGCUGCGCCUGUUCUCGCUGGUGUCUGUCAGACUGUCCCGUCAUGCGGCUCCGGGUACCGGUGUGCGUAACGGCGCUGCUGGCGUCCUCCUGGCUCCUUGUGGAGGCGCGGAUCGUGAAGCGCGUGGCCAUCGGCUGUCCGGAGAAGUGCGACAAGUCUGCGUGCGCACCGAUCCCGGAGGACUGCCUGUCCGGGGAUGAGCUGGACCGCUGCGGCUGCUGCCCGGUGUGCGCGUCCGGCGAGGGCGCUCCGGGGGACCAGGAGUGCGCGGAGGGGAUGGAGUGCGUGGUGACCGACGGCGUGGAGGCGUCCGCCACCGUUCGGCGGCGAGCAAGAGCCGGUGUGUGCAGGUGCACCAGCCCCGAGCCGGUGUGUGGCAGCGACGGCGUCUCCUACCGGAACAUCUGCGAGCUGAGGCGCGUGAGCAGCCGCGCGACGGAGCUGCAGCAGCCGCCGGUCAUCUUCAUCCAAAGAGGAGCCUGCGGCAAAGGUCAGCAGAGCCCUGACAGCCUGCGUUACAAGUACAACUUCAUCGCCGACGUUGUGGAAAAAAUCGCUCCAGCUGUGGUUCACAUUGAGCUGUUCCGAAAGAUGGUAUUUUCCAAGAGGGAGAUGGCGGUCGCCAGCGGCUCCGGCUUCGUGGUGUCUGAGGACGGACUCAUCGUCACCAACGCGCACGUUGUGGCCAACAAGCACAGAGUGAAGGUGGAGCUGAAGAGUGGAGCCACGUACGACGCCAAGAUAAAAGACAUCGACGAGAAAGCUGACAUUGCUCUGAUCAAGAUUGACACGCCGAUGAAGCUGCCCGUCCUGCUGCUCGGUCGCUCUGCAGACCUGCGACCCGGAGAGUUCGUGGUCGCCAUUGGGAGCCCGUUCUCCCUGCAGAACACAGUCACUACUGGCAUUGUCAGCACCACCCAGCGGGGCGGUAAGGAGCUGGGCCUACGGAACUCUGACAUGGACUACAUCCAGACCGACGCCAUCAUUAACUACGGAAACUCGGGGGGGCCGCUGGUCAACCUGGACGGAGAGGUGAUAGGCAUCAACACUCUGAAGGUCACCGCCGGGAUCUCCUUCGCCAUCCCGUCAGACAAGAUCCAGCAGUUCCUGGCAGAGUCUCAUGACAGGCAGGCCAAAGGAAAAACAUUUUCAAAGAAGAGAUACAUCGGCGUCAGAAUGAUGAGUCUCACUCCAACGCUGGCGAAGGAGCUGAAGGCGCGACACUCAGACUUCCCUGACCUCACCUCGGGCGCCUACGUCAUCGAGGUCAUCAGUCGGACUCCGGCCGAGGCGGCGGGGUUAAAGGAGCGGGACGUCAUCAUCAGCAUCAACGGCGAGCACAUCACCUCAGCCAAUGACGUCAGCACCACCAUCAAGCGAGACCAGGAUUUGAGGAUGGUGGUGAGGCGCGGUAACGAGGACGUCAUGCUGACCGUCAUCCCCGAGGAGAUCGACCCUUGACCUUUCACCACACGGCACCGUCAUCACCCAACCAAUCCCGGGCUGGCCCUCAGCGCUGGAGUCGGUCAUGACUAUAACCCUACAGAGUUCACAUCCCGACGUUGAAGCUGCACUUUUAUGUUCCUCUCAGCUCAGUUUCCCUCCCCCUCUCACAGGCCCGACUCUCCAGCGCCCCCUGUGGGUGACUGCAUUCGUCCUCCACCGAUAACUUUCGUACCGUUUGUACUUGAUGACAAUGUUUUCAUAGAAGAAAAUAAAGUUAUUUUUAAACACA